UCUCUUAUUUCUUUUAAAAACAGCAGGCGAGUGACACGCUGCUCAUCCAUUAAAAUUCACAUAUUUUCGGGCUGCUGUGAAUCAUGAAAGACCUAGUUGGAGAAGUUUGGAUCAAUAAAAAGAUCUACGAUGAUGCAGAAAGUAGCUAUUAUGAAAACCUAUCUAGAGCAGCCUUAACACCACUAGCUGAAGAAGUAGCCAAAACACGUCAGAAGUUAAUUGAAAGUAGGGAUACAUUUUCUAGGGACCUUACUGGUGCUUCACAAUCCAUUGAUGUAGAUGCCAUUAAGUUUAUAGAGAAAAAAGUAGUACAAUGCGAAAAAGCUAUGAAUGAUAUCCUUAAGACUUUGGACUUACUCACCCUAAGAGUGACAUCCCUAGAAAGUACCCUUCCAGCAUCCAAACCAGUACAUGAAAUAAAUUUAAAACAACAACCACAGGUUCAAAAACAGACUGUCAAACAAGAAGAGGAUGACGAUGUUGAUCUCUUUGCUUCAGAUUCCGAUGAGGAAUCAGCUGAAUCUGCCAAAAUUAGGGAGGAAAGAUUGGCUGCUUAUGCUGCCAAAAAAUCAAAAAAACCAGUUCUUAUAGCAAAAUCAAAUGUCAUCCUUGAUAUCAAACCAUGGGAUGAUGAAACUGAUAUGAAAGCAAUGGAGGAACAUGUUAGGAAAAUCGAAGCUGAUGGUCUUUUAUGGGGAACUUCCAAACUUGUGCCUUUGGCUUAUGGUAUUCAUAAGCUCCAAAUUUCAUCAGUUGUUGAAGAUGACAAAGUCUCUAUUGAUUGGUUAACGGAACAAAUUGAAGCCAUUGAAGAUUUUGUUCAAAGCGUGGACAUCGCUGCCUUUAACAAGAUUUAAUUUGUCCAGUACUAAAAAAUUAAUUGAUUUUUUUCUUGUUUUUAAUAUGUUCAUUAAUAAAGGAUUUUUGUCUUCA